CCAGUGACUCAUAGAUGAAUGUGAUUCUCUUACAGGACCCACCAUGUGGAUGAUUCCAGGACAGAACCAAACCAGGGUUUCUGAGUUUAUUCUGCUUGGCUUCUCCAGUGACCCCACGACCAACAGCAUCCUCUUCAGUGUGUUCCUUCUCAUCUACCUGAGCUCAGUCCUGGGCAAUGGACUCAUCAUCCUGCUGAUAUGCCUGGACUCACAUCUGCACACUCCCAUGUACUUCUUCCUCUGUAUACUUGCCAUGGUGGAUAUGGGCUAUGUCACCACCACCAUGCCCCAGAUGUUGGUGCACCUUCUUGCUCACUCUCACACCAUCUCCUUUGCUGGCUGCUGGAUGCAGAUGUAUGUGUUUAGUGCCCUGGGUAUAACUGAGUGCACUUUCUUUGUUGUCAUGGCUUAUGACAGAUAUGUGGCCAUUUGCUACCCACUACGCUAUACUGUCAUCCUCAACUGGGGACUGUGUAUACGAUUGGCAUCUGGGUCUUUAGUCUGUGGUUUCCUAUCUGCUUUGUUACAUACUUUCUUCACCAUGAGUCUGCCAUAUUGUGGGCCCAACAAGGUCAACCACUACUUCUGUCAAGGUCCUUCAGUGCGUAGCCUGGCUUGCAUGGAUACCCACCUCAUUGAGAUGGUAGACCUGAUCUUGAGUGUUUUGUUAGUUGUUACUCCAAUUUCUCUCAUUGUGGCCUCAUACAUUCAUAUUGCUCUGGCAAUUCUCAAGAUCAAGUCCACCCAGGCCCGUUGCAAGGCCUUCUCUACCUGUGCUUCCCACCUGACUGUGGUCACAUUCUUCUAUGUUCCAGCCUCUUAUAUCUACAUGAGACCCCACUCCAGCUACUCUCCUGAGCAAAUCAAGCAGAUCUCACUCUUUUACAAUGUCUUCACAGCCUUGCUCAACCCUGUGGUCUACAGUCUGAGGAACAAAGACAUUAAAAGGGCAUUUCUCAAGGUGAUUGGGCAUAGUUCAGUGGACUAUUGA